AUGGCGUCCCACCUCGCCGCCGCGAGCGCGAUCACCGCCCGGCCGCUCGUCGCACGGCCGUCCUCCUCCUCCGCGCGACCCCGCGCGCUCGCGCGCUCUUGUCGUCGCCGCGGCGCCCCAAUCUCCGUCGCCGCGGACGCGCGCAACUCGUGGUUCCGAUCCUGCGAGGAGCUCAACACUCUCGACGCGGACGUCGUGCGCAGAGACGAGAACGAGUGCGUCGUGAACACGUACGGCCGCGCCCUGGACGCGCCCGUGUUCACGCACGGGUCCGGGUGCGUGAUGUGGGACAGCGACGGGAACCGAUACCUAGACUUCUGCGCCGGGAUCGCGGUGAACGUGCUCGGACACAGCGACCCGGAUUGGGUCGAGGCGGUGUGCGAGCACGCGGGAAAGCUCUGCCACGUCUCCAAUCUGUACCACACCGAACCGGGCGCGACGCUCGCGCGGAAGCUCACGGACACGUGCUUCGCGGACCGCGUGUUUUACUGCAACAGCGGCACGGAGGCGAACGAGGGCGCGAUCAAGUUCGCGCGGAAGUAUCAGAUGGCAACGGCGAAGGCGAAGGACGAGAGCGCGACGGAGUGGGCGACGGAGACGGUUUCUUUCAGGCGCGUUCUAUACACUGGUUCCCAUACGACCGCGUCGACGAUCAACUGCUUCCACGGGCGGACGCUCGGGUCUCUGAACCUCACGUGGAAAGAGGCGUACCGCACGCCGUUCGCGCCGCUGUCGCCCGGGCACGCGUUCGCGACGUACGGCGACCUGGACUCCGCGAGGAGCGCGAUCGUGAAGGGGAAGACGGCCGCGGUGUUCGUCGAGCCGGUCCAAGGCGAGGGCGGCAUCUUCCCGGCGGACGGCGCGUUCCUAUCGGGUUUAAAAGAAAUCUGCGACGACGCCGGCGCGCUCCUCGUUUUCGACGAAGUCCAGUGCGGCCUCGGACGCACCGGGUACCUGUGGGGUCACCAGUCCGUGGGCGUCACGCCGGACAUCAUGACCGUCGCGAAGCCGCUCGCGGGCGGGCUGCCCAUCGGCGCGGUGUUGACGACGCAAGCGGUGGCGAACGCGAUCGCUCCGGGGGACCACGGGAGCACGUUCGCGGGCGGGCCGCUCGUGUGCGGCGCGGCCAACGCGGUGUUCGACCGCGUCAACUCGCCGGGGUUCAUGGAGAACGUCGUGAAACGCGGCGAGCAGCUGCGGUCCGGUCUGCGCGCGAAGCUGGAGGGGUGCGAUCGCGUGAAGGAGGUGCGAGGGAGCGGGUUGCUCGUGGGCGUGCAGUUGGACGUCCCCGCGGGUCCGCUGGUGGGUCAGGCGCGAGACCGGGGGCUGCUGUUGUUGACCGCGGGCGCGGGGGACGUGAUUCGAUUGCUGCCGCCGCUGGUCGUGAGCGAGGAGGAGGUGGAUAUCGCGGUGGCGAUCAUCGCGGACCUCGUGAAGGCGCUGUGA